AUGUCGAGUACAGGAUCGGCGUCUGAGCAGAACGGUGACAACGCAGCGCCGCCCCAUCCUAGCAGAAAACGUUUGUCGCCAAAUUCAGGAGGCUCAUCAUCAGCAGCGCCGGAGAAUUCAUCGACCAGUGCAGUAGCAGCAGUGGGUUCCACGUCGUCCAAGCUGCGUCGCGUUGCCCAUUCCUCGUCGGAGCAGAAUCCAGGAAGUAACGAGCUGCUCCGACGAACAUCUUCCCACCAAGCGGGUUCAUCGGGAACCGCGGCGGCCGGUGGAAGGGGUGGACGAGCCGGUGCAUCGGGCACCGCUCGUAGCACUCACGAAAGCGGUAUCAGAAACGAGCUGAAGUAUUUGACAGAUUUCUUCCCGGACCAAAAUCCAGGCGAUCGCCGUCUCACACGCUCACAGCGCCAAUCUUCACUUGCAGGCUCAAGCAAUCAGGGAACAUCAGGCAACAUUGACCAUUCGGCGCCCACGGCCAGCGCCUCAGCCGCAACUGAACAGUUGAGAGGUGCUAGGGACAGACCACGUGCGCGAAAAGGACGUGCCACAGUGGCAGGUCGAGGAGGUGCUGCGGUUGCACCGGAGAACACGAAUACGCCGCCAACGACGGCGGCGGCUGCGGCUGCAGCUGCAGCACCCAGUAGUUCUGAGCUGCAGCAACAGCAGCAGCAGCAGCAGUCGUCGUCAUCAUCCGCUGCACGCACUCGCGCACAUAAUCCAGCAACGGGUCUGUGCACCAGCGUCACACGUUGUGAAGGUGCUGCUGCGGUAAAUCGUGUUGCGCCGGCCUCCGUCCAGCAAGUCGAACAAGGCGCCGCGUUUCGCUCAGUUCCCCCACUCAGUGUGCUUGUACAGCCUGUCACUCUUUGGAAGUAUGAAUUCAUGGCGCUUCAGUUUACACAAAGCUGUUUCAUUAGUUUACACUGUCGUAUUUUGAUUUUUGCCUGUGGAUUUGUGAAAGCCUCGAAUUUCGGGUUACAGAAAUGCUGGAACUCACAGUUGAGUACUUUAGCCCCUCGUGCUGACUUUUAUGCAUUGAUGUAUUACAGACGUUGUGAAGGUGCUGCUGCGGUAAAUCGUGUUGCGCCGGCCUCCGUGCAACAAGUCGAACAAGGCGCCGCGUUUCGCUCAGUCCCCCCACUCAGUGUGCUUGUACAGACACCGCUGGAGCCAAGUGAAACAAGAGUUGUUGCCAGUGGCGUGGUGGUGCCAUUUGGUCCGCCACUCAGUAAUGCUUCGACGACAGCUGGUGCCAGCGAAGUAGCAGCGAGAAAUAUGUCCGCAAACGGUGAUAUUCAGGCUCCCGAAAGCCAGUCUUCGCAGUUUAGAAAUGUACAAAGAUCGCAGCCGCAUGCAGCCUCCUCGUUCCUGGGGCAGCUCGUCCCACGAGUUCAGCAUCUGCUUGGCACAGCACAUUCGCAUCCAAAUUUCAUAGGGACACUGCGACAGCAACAGCAGCGCGGCCCCGCUAUGUUUGUCAGUGCGCUAUACAGAAAUUUUCCAAAUGAGCAGCAUGCAAGAGUAAUACAAGAGCACCUUCAUGCUGUGGCUGCGGCUUUGAAUCCAGUAGUCGGUAAGGCUGUUUUCCGUGAACUCAUUUGGACUUUUCGAAAUGCUCAUUGUUGCUGUCGCAAAACACAUUAG